AUGGCUCUGAUAAACAUUACCUCAGUCGCCGGUGUCUGUCUCCUCGCCUAUUUGGCUACCUUCGUGUUACUUGCUGUUAUCCGGAUUGCGACCGGGAUAUCCGUCCAACGUAUUGGCUACUUCAGCUUGCGGCAUAUUUCAUUCUCCCCCAGAGAAGGAUUCAGGGUAGACCUGCGAGGCCUCGGCCUCAGUCUCCACAGACCGACAUUUGCUCAGCCAACAUGGGUGAGCCUCGUAUUCUCCGAACUGAAGAUCACGGUCGAUCCGGCCACCAUUGACAACCCGCCCUCCAAACCCAAUGGCUUCUUGCGAAGAACUAGCACACCACCCGAGAAGACUACCAACAAGAAGCCGAGGAAGGAUAAGAGGUCGCAGCUCUGGCAAAAGCUGACUCACGUGAAGGAACAAAUUAAGCGCCUGCAUCGAAGAAUCAAAUGGCUUCGAAUGGUUGAUAUACGGGCCGACGACACAAGCCUGGAGGUCUUGAAUGUUGGCAGUGUUCAGGUGACCGGCUUCACGGCAGCUGUACAUACGCGGCGGAAGCUUCUUGACCGUACGCGAUUGUUCAGACACAAGAAAGAUCCGCUGGGCACUCAGAAACCUGCAGAAUGGAUCUUUACCGUCCGGAGCGUUCUCCUAGGGGUUGGCACCAACGAGCCAGUGGAGGUCUUGGAUGCCAUGACUAUCAAUAUUCACGGGCUGAUCUAUCGAGACAAAGAAGGUCUUCGAGAUACAUCGAUCGCCCUGAAAGCAGGUCGCAUGUACAUUCCCGUGGACGACCUGUUGCAAUUGAGCCGUCGAAGUCAAAGUCUCCGGCGCCGGGCAAAAGAAGAAACGCGCGCCUUCCAUACCGUUCACCAUCCAAUGAGCCCUCUCAGUCCUACGAGUCCUGUAUCGGAGAUCUCUUUGGAGGAUGUGGUUGAAGAGCUUGAUAACCCUGGCAGUCGAGAGGCGUCUAUAGUGCAAACCGUCGCCGACUCAAAGGAAUUUUUCAGCUCGAUCUUGAGGGGCGUGCAGGAGAUCCAGGUCGGUCUAAGCUUCAUUCGCGUGUCGAAGGAGCUGGAGACUUUGCGGCAGGCCAAUCUGCCACUGAUGGCCAAUAUCGUCACACACGAAAUUGGUAUCGAUUUGCAUCGACUCCAACACAAUACGCCUGCCCACCGCAUGUACUUUGCCAAAGAAGAUGUCGCGCACCAGGCGCUCCUGGCAGCCGUCUCCCUCUCAGUUACGUUAGACGAAGACGACACCAAAUCUCACAAGCUGAUGUACAUUCCCAUGGCUACAACAACUAUCAGGACCACUCUGCCAUCGAAAACGAUGACUCUCUCACAGGAGCAAGACAUCUCGGAGCGCAACAAGAACAUACUCUUCGCCAAUUUUGUUGUUACUUCACCGUCACUCGAUUUAGUGCCGCAGCAUAUCAUUCGACUUCUUGCUUUGCUGCCAAAUAGAUCAGAGCCUAGCUCUAACACGGUUCAAAGCCGGCAUCGCAUGGUAUCCAAGCUUCUACCAAAGGCCAGCAUCAAGUUCUCGGUACACGAACCUGUUGUCCGAUUUGUUUUACCGGUGGCCGAUCCCAAGUAUGCGGAGCCUGGUGAGUUUGAUAUGAUCAUAUCGGCCAUAUCGUCCAUAUCUUUGGACCUCGAAUCGUCGCACUCGAUGAGUGGAGAGCUGCUGUACUCUCUGGCGUCCAAUUUUCGGGUUGUGUCCCAUCAGCUAUACUACCAGUCUGCAUCGGGCCAGAAACACAACCUCGUCGUCACUGAGAACCUGGAGCUCAAGAUCAAUGUAUCAGCCUCGACUGAAGUUUUAGUUGUCAUAUAUGGCAACUUGAAAACGUUCUCGGUCUUGAUGGUUCGGGAAGAAGUCAGCCAGGGCAUCUACAACAUUGUCCGCCAUUUCAGACGCAAUGUUGAGCCUGAGAAGCUAACGCCGAAGCCUAAGAGCCCUCAAUCUGCAUUCCUGCGCCGAAUUUCUCCAUGGCUGUUAGAGAUCCAUCUCGAGGGCUCAAAUUGCAGCAUGGAGACCGCUGGCGUGGAUUCCAGCAUCUCCUCUCAAACCAGAGGCGUUGCAUUCGAGCUCGAGUCUUGGAAUGUGGACUACCGAUCCCAGCAGGCCGAGAUCACACGGAGCCCUACAAGCAAACGCAAAACGAGCACUUCUGUUCGCAACGAUGAAAGCUUCUCUCACGUCCAUCAUCUAUCACCACCCACAUCCCCUUCGAGGGGUGGGCGAACGACACAUCCUACGGAUGGCCGCCGUUUGACGAUGCACGGACGCAACCUGGAGGGCUUUGUGAUCGAGAAUCUCGACCGAUGGGAGGCAAAUCCUUUCCUUUCCGUCCCGCGGUUCGAAGUCGCCUGCAGCACUUCACGCGAUCUUCAGAGCCCAAUCUUCCACGUCCAUUCUGCCGUAAAGGCAGUAUACCUCGAAUUCUCGCUCUAUCGUUUCUAUUCAAUUGGCAUCGCUGGAUCGGUUUUGAGGGAUGCCUUUACCGGCCCAGUGAACGCUACCCAGCCCGUCUCGACCACUGUGACAAGGCUAGAGCCCGAAGCUCCUCCACAUUCUCGUUUCUCAUCCGCUGGUCAAGUCGAGCUUACGACGAUUGACGUGAAGGCGUCCUAUGUCCGAGUCAAAGCCUCGUUGCCUGCAGAUCCUCCUUUAAUGUUGCAAAUCUACAACCUGGCUACAGGCCGCCAUAGGUGGUCCGCGCCGUUCUUACGCUCUGAGUUGCUUCGGCUACAUGUGCAGUCGCCCUACAUUAAGGGGGCAUGGGCGCGCCUGGUAACCAUCAACAAUUUCAGAGUGGACAUGCGCCACAGCAAGAAGAAGACGGCGAGCGGAUUCGUCGAGGAGAACUCCGUCGAUGUAUCCAUGGACUUCACCAGGCUGGCGUGUCCGCAUGGCCUUCGGAUGUAUCUCGUCUUCGAUAACAUCGUCAACACUGUCAAGUCCAUCGAGCAAUUACACCACCGAUUCAGAACACGUACGAACGAAUACAUCCUUAAGAAAGAGCCGAAAGGUCCUGCGAAGGUGCCUCGAGUUUCCGUCCGAUCCCGCGCUUUCAUGUUCGAGCUCGAGGACGAUCCAUUCGAAUGGAAACUAGGCUUGAUAUACCACGUAGGUCGCGUUGAACAGAAGCAGCGGCUUGCAAGAGAAGCUGCCUAUAAAUUGAAGGUGAGGAAACUCAACGAAGAGAGAUUCCAACGUGGGACGUCUCGCCACCGACGGUCAUCCAAGAGCAGACCUCCAAGCCCGAGCGCCAGUGCAAGCUCGACGCCAAUCAGAGCGAACAGUCCUGAACGAUCAGACCAACCUCGCCGAGCCAGGUCCACUUCCCGCGGUCGCAGUGGACGUUCAGCCACGAGGAUUAGAUACGAUCGGGACGGUACUUGUGCUGUUACGAAUACAUCGAAACUCAACGCAGAUGAUGCUUGGCAAAAGCUGCAGGAGCACAACGCACGUAGUUGGAAGAAGCGAAUUGACUGGAUGGUGCUUCUCCAGAAAAACACCGUCAAGAAUGUUCGCAAAAUGUUCACGGGUGCUGAUGGAGCGCCUCACGAUGAGCACGAGCACGAAUCGAUACUCGACAUCCCCUAUAGGCCAGGUCUACUCGACAUCAUCAUCAGCGACUUUCACCUUGUGAUUGAUAAACCUUCUUUUCCUCUGGCAGACUUGCCUAAGUUCCUGCACGAGGUCGGCAAAGGAAUGCCAUAUUCCAUGCAGUACUCGCUCUUAAUUCCAAUGAGUCUAGCACUAGACAUGGGGGAGGCACGGGUCAUGCUCCGCGAUUAUCCGCUGAAUCUCUUACAUAUUCCAGCGAUACGAUCUGGUCAGCCUCCACGGUUACCAAGUUGGUCGCUAAGAUCCGACUUUGUCAUUGCCGAAGAGUGGCGCAACGACGAAUCAAUUCGACAUGUCAAAGUCGACAUUGUGCCCAAAGGACAGCAGAAUGAAGGUGGCAGCGAAAUCCCAGGUUUCUCUAUCGAUGUCCGGCGUACGGUGUCCCCUGUGAAAACCUACUCCAAACCCGUGAUCGAUAUCAAUACGAGCUUGCCCACGACCAUCUCCUGGGGUACCUCCUACCAACCUGUUAUCCAAGAUAUGAUGAUGAUCAUCGAGAGUUUCACGAAGCCCGAGGUCGACCCCUCCGAUCGUGUCGGUUUCUGGGACAAGAUCAGGCUCAGCUUCCAUUCCCGGCUCACUGUUAACUGGAAAGGGGAUGGAGAUGUUCAACUCCGCCUCAAAGGGUCAAGAGACCCGUACGUAGUCACGGGCUUCGGUGCUGGCUUCGUCAUGUGCUGGCGCAAUGAUGUCCAAUGGCUGAUACAUUCCGACGACGACCCAAGGAAAUUCAUGACUGUGCGCAGUGGUGAAUACGUUCUAGCGAUACCUGAUUACAGCCACGAAGCCCGGAAUGCACCAGAGAUGAGGUCUGAUAACGACGCAGACAGCUUGACCAGUUCCAGUAGUCAACGGAACGCAGCCAUUUUCCAGAAGGUCAUCAUGAAAGUCUCCGGCAAUGUGCAGUGGACUGCCGGUCUUGUCUUCGAAAGAGACCUACAGGAUGGCGAACGAUCCUCGGGAUUCAGAUCCCACUACGAUGUAGUAUUGAAGAAUCCCAAACAAGUGCCUGACUUCGACCAUACUGACUACGACGCGUUUCAAGGCUUUCGCAGCAACCAUAUCCACUUGUCGGUGGCUGUUGCGGCGCCUUUCGAUCGCGACUGGAAGUCCGAGGAUAUCGCAGUGUCCGAGAGCUACAACAGCGUGCAUUUGACGCCGCGAUUCUUCUCGCACUUCUUCGACUGGUGGUCUCUUUUCUCAGGAGUCAUGUCGCUACCAAUCAGGCAGGGCCCCCUGUGGAGGGGGCCAGACAAGAGCAGCAAGAAGUUUGGACGGCAUCUGGCGACAAUCAAGUACGGGCUCCUACUCUCACCGCUGUUCAUCGCCCACGUGUACAAGCAUAAGGACGCCGAAGACUACCAAGAAGAUGUCGUGUCUGCCACAGGACUCAAGAUUCGCAUCGAUAGUUUCAUGCUCGAUCUGCACCAGCGGCGAGAAUACUUUGACACACUAUCCAAGGCCAGAUCGAAGCAGAUGCGCACAAGUGGGAUGAAGAUCAACAGAGCAGAGCUCGAUUUCGUACGUGCCGACCUUCGCGCUCUUUCAGCCAGCAUAGCAGGCACGACAGCGGAAGACAUGAAAAAGGCCAAUGCCGAAAUACUAAGCGCCUAUCAAGAUGUCGCUCCAAACGUGGACAUGAGCCAGUUCGAGAUCCCCGAUCUAGAUUUCAGUUGGAUUGAUAUGGACGACUUUGUCGAGCUCGACUGGAUUCUCCCAGCCGAGUCUAACCCUGAAACGAGGAUCUUGCCUCUAGCAUUCACACCGAGACUAACUUACUUCCGUCAAACAGAACACAAUGACUCCGUUCAGGGUGAUCAGUCCCGAACUAGCCCUUUUGGCGAUGAAGAUUCACACUUUUGUGUUAUGUCUACCCACAAUGACCCUAGGCGCGUCCAGAUGAACUUGAUCGACAGCCGCCUGAAUGACAUCAAUGAGAAGCUGAAGAAACAUGAUAAAUUAAUGGGCGAGCAUGAGCUACGAGUCGUCCGGGACGGAGACCAUGACACCAGUCUCAAAGAGGCUCAUGACUCUCUCUUGCAGCAAAAGAUCGAGCUUGAAAGCAAGCAACGCUUUCUCGAGCAUGGUCUCAAGAGACUGGGCCGGCAUGCUUAUCCAGGAGAACAGACGGAUGCCGAUCAGGCCUCCUCUCGGGGAACCUCACAGGCUGAUGAAGCAGACUCUUCACCAAACCCCAGUGAAGGCACCCAUAUCGACAUUGAUGGCCUCUUUUCUGCCUCUCAUGACGAAUUUGCCAGCGACUUUAACAAUCGCUUCAUUAUUCACAACAUCCAGCUAAAAUGGAACAACUCGUUGCGAAAUACGAUCCUCCGCUACAGCCAUCAAGUUAGCCAACGCCGUGGUUUCGUCUACUACAUGUCAAGGAGGGCUGUCAAGUUCAUCCUCGAUAUCGUUGAAGAGCAGGCAAAGGCAAAGCAGGCUCAGCGCAAGCAAUCCGGCCAAAAUAUUCCGUCGAUGCCGAGUGUCAUUUCCCCGACCGAAGAGAAGGACGAAGAUUCGGUAAUCGAAGAUCGCAUUCAGCAGUUACUCAACGAUGCGAACCGCUUCGUGAACGUAGAUGGAGAUACCGAUGAUGUCGACAACGCCCCGCAGAACGAUGACACUAUCCCCGAGGUCACAGAAGGCAUUGCGGAGAGCUUCCAGCCCAUGAACAGCUACCACCUCCGUCUGAUAGCACCUCAAAUCCAGCUGCAGGGUGAGAAAAACACCAAGUCUGUGGUGCUGGUCUCAGCCAAAGGCAUGCAGCUCAAGAUUGUGGCUAUCAUGGACAAGGCAAGGAUGUCAGACGAUGUCAGUGGCUUAGUGCAGCGCCGCUACGCUCUGGAUAUGGAUGGCGCCCAGUUCUUUGUCACCAAUCAGAAGCGUUUGGCAAAGUACUUGCAUUUGUACAGUGGCAACCGCUACGGCAGUCCUCCUGGUUCCGACUGGCCGCCAUGGGUUUCUCUUGAAGCAAUGUUCGACUUCCACCUGGAUCCGUUCGGGUUCCAGCGAGUCAUUCAGAAGACCUCCGCCCGCUUGCAAUACGACAAGUACAACCCGCUGCGUCUGAAAUACAAUGAAGAAGUUGGAGGCAGCAAGACAGAUCAUGUCAAGAACGCGUACGGGGCUGAAAGCAGGAUGGACCAGCUGUGGGUCGAUUUCCCACGGAUUCGGGCCAGUUGUGACUCGGCGCAAUACUACACAAUGUACAUCAUUGUCUUGGAUUUGCUGCUCUACAGCGAGCCGCUGGAGAAGACUCGAAGUGAACGGCUCGAGAAAAUCAUGCUUGCCUCGGACUUCAGUGAUCUUCGAGGCGCUCCGGAAAUGGCGGAACGACUACAAGAGCGCAUUCGACAGCUUGAAGAGUUGAAGCUUCAUUUCCAAAUCAAUGCCAAGUAUCUGGACAAACAAGGGUGGGAGGAUAGGAUCCACCUCGAGAAAGACCUCGCCAGCUGUGAAGAUGAGUUGUUCUUUAUUAUGAAAGCCAUCAACACCUCCCAGCAAAGGAACGAAGAUCGUAAGGACUCGGACAGCAAUGCCUUCCUGCGAUGGUAUCUGAGCGCCUCCGAGAUUGUUUGGCACCUGAUGCGGGAUAAGGACGAGCCUCUUCUCGAGUUCCAACUCGGUCGUGCAGUGUAUGAGCGUAUUGACAACAGUGACGGCUCAAACCACAAUGCUAUGGAAAUUCAGCACAUUCGCGGAUGGAACCUGCUCAAGACUGCUCUGUAUCCAGAAAUUAUUGGUCCUUACUACGACGAAUCAUCGAAACGAGGCAGCAUUGUUGAGCAUCAGAAGAUGCUUCAAAUCCACUGGUACAUGCUUGAAGCCAUAGCCGGCAUCCCAGUGCUAGAAGAGUUCCAGGUUACCAUGCACCCCCUAAAAGUUCAGCUUGAGCGCGAACUAGGCAAGCGACUUUUCGAAUACAUUUUCCCAGGAAUCGGCUCAAGUGCUUUCGAGUCGGGCAACUUCUCACCACUGAAUGUCAAGAACAUGGAACCACUGGGCAACGAUGACGACUCGGAAAGCGAACAAGCACGCUUGGCUCUGACACCAAAUCCUGAACUACAGCCUACCAAUAGUGAGAUGCGCCGCACAUCUUCCCCUGGUGCAAUGGGCCGGCGACUCAAGCCAACAUACAAUCUCAACUACGGUGAAAAGUCACCGACUUCGACCAAAGACAAGGAUAAAGAGCGAGACAAAGGUCGAGGCCUGGGUAUCUCAUCCGAGCACGCACAUAGGCUUUUCAGACGCCAUGAUAGCAGCUCUUCCCACGCGACAGUAUCACAAACCCCAGUCCCAGUCCGGAAAACUUCCGCCUCGUCUCUUCGCUCAUUUGGCAAAACUGCAGGCUCUUCUACCUCCCUUUCAGCCCUCGCACUUUCGUCGCAGCAGAAUGCUGACACGCCGUCUUCAUCUCGGUGGCACCUUCAUCGAAGCGGAUCUCACGAACAGCGCUCGAGUACCAAGUCCACUGUUGGUAGCAAGGGCAAGCCCACAGACGACGUUUCCCAAAUGCUGUCCCGUGCGUCCAACUAUAUGACUCUCGCACACGUCAAACUCGACUCAUUCGUCCUGUGUCUGUCCUACAAGGGCAAAGGGGAGCGCAACAUCGAGGACCUCCACGACUUCGUCUUCCGUAUGCCGACGCUUGAAUACACGAACAAGACGUGGUCGAAUUUGGACCUGGCUCUUCGCCUCAAGAAAGAUGUCAUCCGGGCGCUCAUCAGCCAUACCGGAGCGAUUAUUGGCAACAAAUUCUCACACCACCGGCCAAACAAAAAGGCGCAAGACCGUUUGCGCGAGAUGGCCAAUUCCAGCACCCUCAUUCCCAAUACGGACAGCCUCCGCAAUGUCGAAACCAACUACACCACAAGCGAGUCGGCCAGUCUCUACUCCUUCAGCCAAGACAACGAGGAGAGCCCGCGCAGAAGUUUUCAGACCGAUCACACAGGUCCCAGCACGAAGAUGCAUGCCAAUGGCCACAAAGUCGGUGGCAGCAGCCCCUUCGAGAGUGCUCCGUCCAGCACCUUGCUUCGCGCUGGGAGCUGGUCACACGUUGGCCCAGGCCUCCAAGUCCCCUCAAAGACUGCCACACCUAACGGCUCAGGCACGGCUUCACCUAUUCCGCCUGCUAUGCGCCAGGGCUGGGGGCAAAGAGAGGAUAGUCAGGCGACGAUCCGCCCAAGUACGUCAGGCGCGGUCGGUCCGAGCAUAGGAAAGUCUCUGCUCAAGGACGCUUUUGGGCGGCAUUUCAGCAAUGCCGGCGACAGUAUGAAAGGGCGUGUGCGCUUCGGACCGUUGGGUGGAGGGUUGAUGAGUGAUGUCCGCAGCAUUAGCGGCAGCAGCAGUAGAGAGAGGCGAGGUAGCGAGAGCAUUGGGCCAGACGACAAGAGAGAUGGCGAUGACGGUGAGGACAGCGAUGGCGACGGCGCGGAUGGCGAGAGUGGAAGGCGCAAGAGCGUACUGAUGCUCGGAAGGAAGGUCCUAGGAAAGCUGAGCUAG